AUGACACCAGACAACAUUCGCCGCGUAGAACAAAUGAUUUUGGAGGAUUGUAGGAUGAAUGUUCGAGACAUUUCGGCUGAACUCGGCAUCAGCAUUGGUUGUGUAGAGUCUAUCAUCCACGAACACCUUCAAUAUCGCAAAGUAACGGCGCGAUGGAUUCCUCAACUGUUGAAGUUCGAGCAAAAAUUCACCUGUCCUCAUACCGCGCGUCUCACGUUCGAUACAAUAUCUAAAUUGGGGUGGGAGGUACUGGAACACCCCCCACACUGUCCUGAUUUAUCACUCUGCGACUACCAUAUGUUUGGGUCACUGAACGAAGCCCUCGGAGGUCAAAGAUUCAACACCGACGACGAGGUAUAG